GCAGUAGAGAGGCAGCAAGCGGCGUGUGCCCCUCACCUCCCGCCCUUCCUGCCCCUCCUGCCCAUCUCCUCUCUUGCUCCUCUCCACUACCACUACCUCAGUCGCCGCCACGCGCCAGACAACAGUGGCAGUCACCACUCACCGCGAAGCAGGAGACGAGUCGCAGAGAGAGUGAGGAAGAGAGGCUCAGUAAGUGGUGAUCGCUCGACAGGGAAGGAGGGUACGUGCGCGGCGUCCCUCCUAGACCCUACCUCGUGUGCGUGUGUGUGUGUAUGUGCGUCAAGCCCCGCGUGUGAUAGUGUGACGUAGCCUGCAGCCGUGAGCCGCGUCUCUGGUUACUGAAAGGUGCUUGUGGUGUUGUGCGGCGGCCGUGUAGGUGUGGGGCGCAGGCACAGGUAAAUAGAAAGUGUGUACAAGUGAGAGUGAUGGAGGAGGCUGCUGUGAGGAAGGCGAGGGCGUGGAAAUGAAGAUUUGCCACCACGAGGAGAAGGAAGAGACCCACGAACCACGUGACCCGCGGACUGAAGGGCAAGUGGUCUGCACCAACACUACCACCUCCACCAUCAUCACUGCCACCCCCACCAGUCGCGUCCAUCCUUGUUGCUCCGGUACUACUGCUACUACUAUUGGUGCCAUCGGCGUGAGGUGUGCGGGCGGGCUGGCGGGUGUAGCAGGACGUCAUGGCGUCUUUCCUGCAGUUUGCGCUGUCCCCUUUCCCGAGGCGACGCUCACGGAGAGGCUCCUCCGCCUCCUCCCAAGACACGGCAUCUAGCACGCCGCCCACGCCCACACCCACUCGAGUCUCGCCGCCCAAGACCCGUUCGGUGGGUAUCCAGACGCCCGUGCUGGAGCGACGGGCGGGCCACGGGCUGAGGGAUGCGCCUCCCACGCCAGGGUCACUGCGGCGCCUCAAGGGAGGAUGGGGCGCCUCCCCUUUGCUGUCCCGCCGCUCCUCCCGCGACACCCUGCGAGAGGACAGUCUCACGCCCACGCCCGCGUCCUCACCCCCGCCACUCCCCGAGAUGCGCCUCUCCACGGCGUCCUCCAGAAGGUUGACCUCUCCGCCCGCCACCUCCUCCUGCGCCUCCCUCAGCAGCCACGAGCCGCCGCCCACUCCACCCUCCUCCUGCAACUCCUCUUUCCACUUGGACGGCCCCUCCACCACCACGCCCACGCCCACGCGCCGCCGCCGCCCAUCUGACAGUAGCCUGGACAGUGAGGGCGCACACGUGGUUCAUGUGGGGGCGGCGGGGCUGGAGAUGGGAGGGAUGCACGGGCGGGGGUGGCAGCGCGAGGAGCGGGAGGUGGUGCUGAGGGGCGUGGGCGGCAGCGGGCGGCGGGCGGUGGUGCGGGAGAGUGUGAGGAUGUCUCAGUGCGUGGUGUGGGAGUGUCUGUCGCUUCCUAUCCUCGGCAGACGGAAAGCACAGCGCAAAGAGGAGGAGGUCGCAGCCCCAGAGUACUUGGGUUCGAACCGGGAACAGCGGACCAGUUUUAUCUCAGAGGAGGUGCGCGGGGUCAGCACGGUGCAGCUGAUCAAGAAGGAAGGCUGUACACUCGGCAUCAUCGUGGCUGCGGUACAAGGGAGUGGGUGUGUGGUGGCACGAACCGUGGCCGUCUUGCUGGAGAAGGAGGAAAACAGCUUUGGGUUCACAGUGCGAGGGGGCACAUCCCUUGACCCCUCCAAGACACGGCCACUGGUCAUCACCCAUGUCAGGCUCGGCGGUCCAGCUGACAGAGAGGGAACCAUCAAGGCUGGAGACCGUCUGGUGGCUGUGGACGGGCGUGACCUCAGCCACUGCUCCCUGAAGGAUGCCCAGGAAAUGCUACAGAGAAUUGAACGAGCAGCCACACUUACCAUCGAGUAUGAUGUGUCAGUGAUGGAGAGUGUGAGGGCCUCAGGUGGGCCGCUGCUGGUGGAAAUAGAGCGAGCUGCCGGCACAUCACUUGGCAUCAGCCUCACCAGUGCCCACCCAGAGCCCAGCACCAUCAUCAUUGAAACCAUCCGGCCCGCCAGCAUUGCUGAGAGGUGUGGGGCACUAGCAGUGAGCGAUGUGGUGGCGGCCAUUGAUGGCACCCGGCUGGACCAGCUAACAGUGGCAGAGGCAGCACAACUCCUCAAGACAGCACCAGGCUCCCAUGUGACCUUGGAGAUCAUACCUGGAUCUGCAGCCCAGUCCAAGAUACCCUUUUGCAGGGGAGGUGGUGUGGCCUUUCCCCACCUGUAUGGAGUGGUGGGCAGCAGCAGUGGGUACAAUAGCAGUGGUGGCGGGGGAGGAGGGGGUUACUUAUCCCCUGGCUCAAGCUACAACACCCUUACCUCCCAGAGGACGCGUUCAUCAGCUGCCCGCAGAGUCAACAGGCGACCCAGGCCAGGUGACCGCUCUGAUACAGCAUCCCUCUCCUCUCACACCACAGGAGGAAGUGUUGGAGGCGCUGGGGUGGGUGUGUGUCAUUCUGAGUGCCUCACAGUAACUCUGGUGGUGGAAGGCCGAGGCUACGGUCUGGUGCUGCGGCCACCUCCCCACGCCACCGACCCAGACACGGCCUUACCUUUUGUGGCGGCAAUGGAUUCUGGUGGUCCUGCUGACAAGUGCAGUGUGAUCUGUGUGGGUGACCGCAUCAUGGGGGUCAACGGCCGCAGUGUGUCAGGCCUUGGAGUGAGUGAGGUCACCCAGAUGGUGGCCAAUUCUCGGCCCACUGUCACUCUUGAUGUAGAGUUUGACGUGGCUGACUCUGUGGUGCCUUCUUCAGGAACCUUUGCUGUCAAGCUGGCCAAGCGACACAACGGCCUGGGCAUUACCCUUACUGUAUCACGCCGUGCUGGAGCUGGGGAACCACUGCUGAUCAGUGAGGUGGUGCGGGGGUCCCCUGCCCACCGAUCUGGCACCAUGCAGCCCGGCGACCGCCUCCUGGCCAUUGACUCCACCCGCCUGGAGCACCUCACCCUGGAGGAUGCCAAAUCCAUCCUGCACUGCUGUGAUGACAUUGUGACACUCAGAGUACAAAAGGAUGAACUCUACUCAGAAGAGAGUGGCAGCCUGGUGAUGUACACAGUGGAGCUGGUAAGACAUGGAGGUGCUCUGGGCAUUACCAUCUCUGGCAGUGAGGAGCCCUUCGACCCCAUCUACAUUGCUGGGCUGGCUCCUGGUGGACUGGCUGAUCGCACAGGAGCUAUUCAUGUUGGAGACCGAUUGCUUGCCAUCAACGGUGUGUCGUUGCGAGGGAAGCCACUCAGUGAGGCCAUCCUCAUGCUGCAGAACUCGGGAGACACGGUCACCCUUAAGAUCUCCCGCCCCAGAGACUCAGGAGUCACCAGUGACGAAUUGGGCCGCAAUGACUGGUUGGGCCGCUUUGGGCCAGCCAUCCCUUCAGUGGAUUCAGCAGUGGAAUCCUGGGACAGUUCAGGUCUGGACCCUGCCCCUCCUGGCUCCACUCCUGCACUGUCCAAAAGAGAUUCAGGCUCAGAUAUUGUUUUUAGAUCAGACUGUGGCAGUACUGUGCGGAGGAGAGCAGGCAAUGAAGGGAGAGAGGAGUUGGCAGGGAGUGGGGACACAGACAACAGUGAGGCCAACAAAAGAUCCAUAGAAGGAGACAUGGAUGAGGCUCGCAGGUCACCCUCUCCACCACCCUCCAUAGACAGCGGACAGUCAGAAGACAAAACUGACUGGGACAAGAUGAUUGCUGACCUCAACCAGAUCAGUGAAAGUUGUGGCCUACGGGAACUUCCUCACACCUCCCCCACACACCUGUCGCACACACGCACAGUGUCACCACAACUCCACAAAGAGGUCCAUGUGAGUGGGCUGGAGGGCCUCAGUUCCACCAAGACAAUUGGAGACACCGCUCUCUGCCCAACCCUCGCCAGCCGCCGCCGAACAGGGGACCGCUCAGAUGUGAAGGAGGAAGGCAGUUACUCUGUUAGUCAUGCCACUCUCACCUACUCCAGAACUACCUCACCCCCUCGAUUAAUUAGUGCAGGCCAUGUGACCUUCCCUGCAGCAGAUGGUGGACAGGUGUACCAGGUGACACUUCAUAAGGACUGUAUUUAUGAAGACUUUGGCUUCAGCGUAUCAGAUGGACUGUAUGAGAAGGGUGUCUACGUCAACAGGAUUAGAAAAGGAGGCCCUGCUGAUAGGUCAGGGGUAUUAAAACCCUAUGACAGGAUUCUUCAGGUCAACGACACCCGCACACAUGACUUUGACUGCUGCCUGACAGUGCCCCUGAUGGCUGCUGCUGGGGACCGUUUGGUGCUGGUGGUGUCACGCAACCCUCACACUCACCCUACGCUGGACUUCUCUUCAGAUGUUCUCUCCCCAACCUGGAAUAGCAUAGAAGAGGGCAAAGAGGAGGAGGAAGAAGAGGAGGAACAUGAUCUUGCUCAAGAGCAUGGCAGUCUACUAUACUCCCCACUGACUCCCUCUCUCACACCAAUACCUACAGUCCUAAAGACCCUCUGAGUUUUAUUCAUAUGAUAGUGAGGAUGCAAAGAAGUAUCACUAAGGAACUUCAUUCUUAUCUUUCCUCCUCUGUUAAAGCUGGGUCAAAAUGCUUGGAAUGAAGCUUACCAUUACAUUAUUUGUCACCACCUGAGAUUCUGCCACUUUUGUCGUGUGAAGAUUUGCUUGGUUCAUUCUAGGACAUGAUGAUCAUGAUCUGAAAAAUAAUACUAUAUACCUCUAAAGGAAAUGCCUUAUAUAUAUAUAUAUAUAUAUAUAUAUAUAUAUAUAUAUAUAUAUAUAUAUAUAUAUAUAUAUAUAUAUAUAUAUAUAUAUAUAUAUAUAUAUAUAUAUAUAUAUAUAUAUUGUGUGUUUGUAUGUGUCUGUGUAUUGAGCAUAGUCUGUACACUUUUUUUUAUGUAAGAGGGGCACUGGCCAAGGGCAAGAAAAAUGUAGGAAAAAAAAUGGUCACUGAGGCACCAUUCACCAAAAAGAAAUCUGAAACAGUCAUCAAAUACUGAAGGAUAAUUGUCUUGAAACCUUCCUCUUGAAAGAGAGGAAGGAGAAAAUACAGAAACAGGCAGGGAGUUCCAGAUUUUACCAGAAAAGGAGAUGAAUGAUUGAUUUAGAGGGGACAGAAUAGAGAUAAGAGAAAGUAGAAAGUUUUCUGCAGUGAAGCUGCAGGAGGAGGAGAAACAUGCAGUUAGCAAGAUCAGGAAAGCAGUUAGCGUAAAUAUAUCAAUAGAAGAUAACAAGAGCAACAUUGCAGUUAGCGUAAAUAUAUCAAUAGAAGAUAACAAGAGCAACAUUGCAGCAAUGAGAAAGAGGCUGAUGACAGUUAUUCAAAGGAGUGGAGUUGAUAAGACAAAAAGCUUUUGACUCUGCAUUGUCUAAAACAAAGGUUUGGGUGGAUCCACCAUACAUGUGAAGCAUACUCCAUACAUGGACAGAGCAGCUGGAGGAUGAGAAAAACUGGCAGAGACGACUCAGAACAUCAAACUUCAUAGAAGCUGUUUUAGCAAGAGAUGAGAUGUGAAGCUAUCAAUUUAGAUUACAAGUAAAGGACUGACCAAGGAUGUUCAGCACAGAAGAGGGGAACAGUUGAGGGUCAUUUAAGAAGAGGGGAUAGUUGUCUGGAAGAUUGUGUCAGAUUGAUAUACAGAGGAAUUGAGUUUUUGAGGCACUGAACAAUAUUAAGUUUGCUCUGACUCAAUCAGAAAUUUUAGAGAGAUCAGAAGUCAGGCAUUCUGUAGCUUCCCUGCAUGAACUGUCUAAUUCCUGAAGGGCUGAAUGUCUGAAAAGAUGUAGGAAAGUGCAGGGUGGUACCAUAAGCAUAGGAGUAGAUAGGACAAGAAGUUAGGUUUAGAAGAUCAUCAAUGAAUAAUAGGAAGAGAGUGGAUGAGAGGAAAGAACCCUGAGGAACACCACUGUUAAUAACUUGAGAGAACAAUAAUUG